GUACAUUAUUAAUGCGCGUACACGUCAACGGACAGGAAAACCGAGACAAUGUAGUCUCUCCCUUAGAUGGCAUCCAACUUUUACUCAGUAACUUUGUAGAAAGAAACAACAAGAGAAAGAAAUACUAUAAGCAAUGAAUUUAAGUGUCGAGGAAAAAUUUGAAGAAGUUAAAUUAUUAAUUGACAAAAUUGCGGGGUUUAUAAAUAUACUGGGAGGUUGGCCGAUCGAGCCGACACUUAAACGUCAAAUUUUAUUUUAUACUUAUCUAGUGUACCACAUUGUUUAUCUUUCAAUGGGAUACAAUGAUUUAUUUGAAAUUAUCGGAAGUCUCGAUCUCAUUACAGGAAAUCUUACGACAACGGCCAUGCAAACAAUCGUGUUAGUUCGUAUGGUUUAUGUUAAAUUUUCAAAAAAUAUUUUUAAAAUAAUUAUGAACGUGAAAGUUGAAAUUCUCGACAAAAAUGACUACAGUCAGUCGGAAAAAGAAAUUUUUUUGGGUUAUUACUCAAUAGCCAGAAAAUAUCAUAAAGUAACCAUUGUUUUUUCUUUCAUGGGGGGUUUCAGUUGGUGUUUGUUACCUCUACAAAAUUACGUUAUUUCUUUAUUAUUGAAUAGGCCAGCUAUUUUAAUAGCGCCUUAUAGGGUAAAAAUAUUUUUUUUGAAUGCCACGUCAUUCAAAAGUAUUGUUGUGAUCUACAUUCUUGAAACGCCAUUGCCAUUACCCCCGAUUUGCUAUGUCGCUAUAGUUAAUUUGCAAGUUGUACUUGUAAUUUAUAUUUGCGCUCACAUGGCGAUACUUUCACGGAGAAUAAGUCAUUUUCGUCUUGAAAAUAAAUCAUCUUACCGUAAAUUUUCUCAAAUUAUCAAUGCACAUUUAGAAAUAAUCAAACUAGCAAAAAAUAUUGAAAACACUUGGACGCCAGUUUACCUUUUUGAGAUGUUAGUUUUGACUCCCAUAGUAGCCUUAGUUAUGUACUAUGGACUUUUGGCUUUUGAUGCCGGUGAAAAAGUUGCUUUUAUAUCUCUCUGUACGUAUGUCUGUGCAGCAAUGUCAUGUUUGUUCGCUAAUUGUUUGAUGGGUGAAAUGCUAAAAACUGAAUGUGAUCGACUUUUGGACGCAUAUUAUCAUUGCAAUUGGUAUGACAUGCCAAUUAGUGAUAGGGGAGUCGUGUUAACUUGCAUGACUUACACAAAAAAUCCUUUGACAAUCACGGCUGGAAAAGUUUAUACUUUUUCAUUUAAUGCGUUCGCAGGUAUUGUUAAAUCUUCUCUGGCUUACGUAUCAAUUUUAAGGACACUCUUGGUAUAAAAGUACAGUAAAUUAAAACGCCAGGGGAAUAUAAUGCACAUUUUUUAAAAAUGAAUCUUAAUUAUUUUAAUUAUUUUAUAAUUACGUUAUAUAUAUAUAUAUACAUAUAUUAGAUAGU